AUGAACCUCCUUUAUCUCGCCAAAGUACCUGCCUUUGUCAUGAUGAUCAUAGCAGAGAACACUUCGUUCCGACCACCCAAGAACCCCUUCCCGCAACCUCAGGAUCUGCAAAAGUUCGGCGCUGCAGACUUAAUUACGAGUCUAGCUGGGUGGUUUCCCAUCAUUGGAGUGGGUAUUGAUUGCUCGUUCCACCUCUGCGAGGUCGUCGCGGUGCUCGCCCGAGAGUAUCCCUCGCCACUCUCUGACCGCGUCCUCGCGGCCCUCUUCAAGAAUACAUCCCGCGUUGACAACCUUGCCAUAUCCCCGGCAUUCGUUGUCGCUUUCCUACUAUUAGUGCUGGGGGCAGCGUGGCGAAAGAUCUGCUACGACACCUUGGGAAGAUUCUUCACGUUUCAACUCGCGGUACUCAAGGAACACAAGCUCGUAACGACUGGCCCGUACUCUGUCGUUCGCCACCCCGCGUAUACCGCAUUCGUCAUGACCGACGUUGGGUGUCUCAUGGCUUUGUUGCUUCCUGGCUCCUACAUUUACGAGAGCGGAAUGCUGGAGAAGCCAUGGGUUGUGGUGGGCUUAGUCUUCUGGGCAGUGGUGCAUGUCGCCAUCGCUCUGACUGCAGUGAAGCGGAUCCCCGUAGAGGACGAGGUGCUGCAUAAGGAAUUUGGGUCUCAAUGGGAGGAAUGGGCGAGGAAGACCCCGUAUAAAUUAAUUCCAUACGUAUAUUGA